AUGGGAGUGAAAAUCGAUAGGCUGCAAUUACACCAUCUUCGCUGUGCUGAUGACAUCGUCCUUAUAGCACCAAACAUUAACCAAGGUGAACGAAUACUUGACGAUUUUGACAAAGCCCGUGGAGAGAUUGUACUUCGACUAAAUCUUACAAAAACGAUGUUCAUGAAGAACGGAUUGGUUUCGCAUGCCCCAUUCACGCUCAACGGAACGAAUAUCUCCGAAUACUCUAGUUAUGUUUAUUUAGGUGGGGAAAUCAAUGUGAUCUCCUUAGCUCCAGAGCUGAGCAGAAGGAAACGAGGGGCUUGGAAAGCUUUCAAGAGCAUCGAGGAUGUUGUGAAGAGAACAAAGAACACCCUACUCCGUGUCCACCUUUUCGACUCAACGGUACUUCAUGCCUCAGUGUACGCUUCAAAAACCUGA